AUGGCGUUCCCUGCAGGAUCGGCCUACGCCUUGUCUGUCAAGGACCGCACGGUCGAAUUUCACAGCAUACUAACAAAAUAUGCCGGCAGCGCCCCAGCAUCCACGACUGCGUCGCAGGCUCGGCCUACAGCGGCACAUGCAGAAUUCUCGCGACGAGCUCAGGCUAUAUCGCAUGAUCUGAGCCAAACCACGGCCAAGCUGGAUCGGCUUUCCCAGCUCGCGCGCCGAAAGACGCUCUUUGAUGACAGACCUGUGGAGAUUUCUGAGCUUACUUACAUUAUCAAGCACGAUAUCGCUGGUCUGAAUCGUCAGUUGGCCGAGCUGCAGCCAUAUUCGAUGGCUCGUGGUUCGCGACCGAGUCGCGCGGACGAGCAUCGCGGUAAUGUCGUCACGAUGCUGCAGUCCUCGCUCGCAAAUACCACCACCAAUUUCCAAGAUAUUCUGGAAGUGCGGACGCAGAACAUGAAGGCGUCCAAAGACCGCUCCGAACAGUUUUUCCAGGGCGCCGUCUCGCCGGCCAUGGAGCAGCAAAGAUCCAAGUCGCCCCUGUAUACGCUGGCACGUGGGCCUGAGCCCGUAGCCAAGCUGCAUCACCGCGGAACACCCAGCCAGCAGGCACUCCCCGAUGACGAGACUCACGCGACAGACAAGGGAUUUCUUGCCCUGGACAUGAUGGAAACGGGCGGCAUGCAGCAGCAGCAGCUUCUGCUGAACGAGUUCGAAGACCAACAGUCUUCCUACCUGCAGCAGCGCUCUAGUGCGAUCGAGUCGAUCGAGUCGACGAUCUCCGAGCUGGGCCAGAUCUUCGGUCAACUCGCGCACAUGGUAGCUCAGCAGGGCGAAAUGGUACAGCGGAUCGACGACGAUGUGAUGCAUGUAUCCGAUAAUGUCGAGGGCGCGCGUCGAGAAUUGCUCAAGUACUAUACCAGCAUUGCGAAUAACCGCUGGCUCAUGCUCAAGAUUUUCGGCGUCUUGAUCGUCUUCUUCCUGCUGUUCAUCCUGGUCUCCUGA